CGGCGGGGCUCGGGACGCGCCAGCGGCGGCGGAGAUACCUGGCUGCAGCGCCGCCUGCUCCGCCCGCAGGGUCCAGCGCCAUGGGCUCCUGAGGCCAGCCCGCCACUCACUGCAUGAGAUUCUCUCAGGGAGCCUGCUGCUGCUGCUGGGAACCAUGACAGUGAGGGGGGCUGCGCUGGCCCCAGACCCAGCGUCACCCUCAACCACAGCAGCUUCACCUAGUGUCUCUGCCACCCCCGAGGGCAGUCCCACAGCCAUGGAGCACCCUGUGUUUCUGAUGACCACUGCCGCCCAGGCCAUCUCCGGCUUCUUUGUGUGGACAGCUCUACUCAUCACCUGCCACCAGAUCUACAUGCAUCUGCGCUGCUACAGCCGCCCCAACGAGCAACGUCACAUCGUGCGCAUCCUCUUCAUCGUGCCCAUCUAUGCCUUCGACUCCUGGCUCAGCCUCCUCUUCUUCACCAACGACCAGUACUAUGUGUACUUCGGCACCGUCCGUGACUGCUAUGAGGCCUUUGUCAUCUACAACUUCCUGAGCCUGUGCUAUGAGUACCUUGGGGGAGAGAGUGCCAUCAUGUCUGAGAUCAGAGGGAAGGCCAUUGAGUCCAGCUGCAUGUAUGGCACGUGCUGCCUCUGGGGAAAGACCUAUUCCAUCGGCUUCCUGCGGUUCUGUAAACAGGCCACCCUACAAUUCUGUGUGGUGAAGCCACUCAUGGCCGUCAGCACGGUUAUACUCCAGGCCUUUGGCAAGUACCGGGACGGGGACUUUGAUGUCACCAGUGGGUACCUCUACGUGACCAUCAUCUACAACAUCUCCGUCAGCCUGGCUCUUUACGCUCUCUUCCUCUUCUACUUCGCCACACGGGAGCUGCUCAGCCCCUACAGCCCCGUCCUCAAGUUCUUCAUGGUCAAGUCCGUCAUCUUCCUCUCCUUCUGGCAAGGCAUGCUACUGGCCAUCUUAGAGAAGUGCGGGGCCAUCCCCAAAAUCAACUCAGCCCGUGUGUCGGUGGGUGAGGGCACUGUGGCUGCCGGCUACCAGGACUUCAUCAUCUGUGUUGAGAUGUUCUUUGCGGCCUUGGCCCUGCGGCAUGCCUUCACCUACAAGGUCUACGCUGACAAGAGACUGGAUGCUCAAGUGCUGACAUACGGCCCAUACGGCCGCUGUGCCCCCAUGAAGAGUAUCUCCAGCAGCCUCAAGGAGACCAUGAACCCGCAUGACAUCGUGCAGGAUGCCAUCCACAACUUCUCCCCUGCCUACCAGCAGUACACGCAGCAGUCCACUCUGGAGCCCGGGCCCACCUGGCGUGGUGGCACACACAGCCUUUCCCGGUCCCACAGCCUUAGUGGUGCACGUGACAAUGAGAAGACUCUGUUACUCAGCUCUGAUGACGAGUUCUAAGUGUGAGCCCUGGUGGGGAAGGAGAGGCGCCUCCUCCAGCCCCCAACCAGACUGGGGAGUGGCCAGCACAGCGUGGCUGCUGCCAUUUUAUUUAUUGGACCAGAAACUCGCACAUCACUUCCCGAGGAACAGGCCUCAGGAAUAUCUCUACCUGGCCGACCCGCACUAUCUGGGGCGGGGCAGAGGACAGCGCUGUAGCUGUCACAUCUCUGCGACCCAUCCUGUACGUGUGUUGGCCAGAAGCUGCAUCCUAAGCCCCCUCCCCAACAGGAUAUCUGCCGAGCUGUCAGGCCCAGCCCACCCUACACCGUGCAAUACCCAGACCCAACCUGGUCUUUCCCCACCUGCCCGCUUCUCCCUGUUCACGCUUGUCCGGUGUGAGUCUUGUCACAUUCUGGGCAGGUAGAGAUGUGAAUGCUCUGUGGACCCUCCCCCUCUCCCAACCUAGGCCUGUCUGGCUGCAAGGAUCAGAGCCAGACCCCAGAAGCCUCAGGCCUGCCUAGGAAGGAUGCCUUGUGCCUGUGGGCCCUUUGGUGACAUGUGGGGCUCUGGAUCCUUGGGUGUCCUCACCAUGGCCACUCUGCCUGCUGAGGACAGCCAGCAGCCCACACUGCCCUCUCACUUGGGUCCAGUUCUUGAUAGUUUGGGGCAGAGCCCCCACCCCACCCCCCAUACUUCCUGACUGUGCCAGGGCUUGGGUUCCCCACCACCUCCUCAGUGGAGCAGUCAAGACUCCUGCUAGGUCCUGGUCUCCCUGGGGUUUAUCCCUCCUGGGUCACAGGAAAAGUCUGAGUCUCCACAAUGCAGAUCAUUUCCAGAGGGAGGCUAGAGGGAUGGUUAUGCAGUGGGGCCAAGGUAGAGGUGGUCUCAGACCCUCCUGGGUCCCCUGACCAUACAGGGCCUGGUGUUCUGCUUCAUCUGGCCCCUGGCCCAUCUCUUCUGUGCCUUAGUCACAUAUGAAAGCCUCUCCCCAGUUCCUGUCUGCUCCAGGCACUCCUUGCUGAGCUGCUGGCACUCAGGGUUCUGCAGUGCUGGGUCGGGCACCCUUGUCUGGGACCACCCACUCUCCCUGGCUCCCUCUACGGGCACAUCCCAGAGCUGCCUCCCAGGGCUGGGACCUCAGAGGUAGGGUGGCAGGGGGCCUGGUGAGCAGAAUUCAAGCAGCACUUGGGUUUGAUCUAGUGGGCAGAGUGGUGAUGAGCAAUACCUUAUAGCCUUCACUGGAUGCUCUCCCCUUGGCCAUCUCUGGAACAAACAGGUUCCUUCCCUGGGGUCCAUGGGGAGGGACCUCAUGGGGCUGUUGCAUCCUAGCAACCUUCUUAGCCUCCUCCUUCCUCAUGGCCCAGAGGCUAGCUCUUGGCCACACCAGACGGCCUGGCCAGCUGGUUCCAAGCUGCCCAGGAUGGCAGCAGACAGGUGGGACCUUCUUGGGGCAUGGCCUUGGUUCCCUCCUGGGAUUGCUUCCACCAGUGUGUUUCUUGAGACUUCUUAUCUUCCAGGCCAAAGUAUGUUGCUGGUUCCUGUCCCCACUGGUCCCCACCCACCCUGGCACGUGCCUGCUGACAUGAUGGGUGAGGCUGUGGGGGAGCACAGUGGCAGGAAGCUAGUGGUCCUUGGGAACAGGGGACAGGAAUCUGUACCCAACUGCCCCAUUCUUUCUUCCCAUUCUUUCUUCCUAGGAUGCAUAAAUUAUCUUGUGUCUCAUUUAUUUUUUAAUUUUUUUUCAGAUAGAGUAGCUCUUUGUACAUAAAAAAAAAAUACUUGAAAAUUGUAUGAUGUAUGAGAAGACAGAGCCCCCUAGUUUUGUAUUUUGUCGUGUGACUGCCGUGCGUUCCACCAGAAAGCCGCUCUAUUUUGGUCUCUGUGAUAUUUUAAAUGCGUGACAGAAGCAAGCAAAUAAAGUCAGGAAGAAAUAUAUAUGAGAUAAUAUAGAUUGUAUUGAAAUCUC